AUUGUAUAAAAAUGUAGUUGUAAGAUUCCUGGGAGGUUUUUGAUUGUUGGAUAUCACAAGUUCAAAAUUUGAAGUUAAACUGAAUAUCACAUUUAGAAAGGAAAAGGGAAGCCGAGUUCAAAGGUAUUUCCAGAGCAUAUCCACCGAAAUUAAUGUAUGAAUCAAUCAUACAAGUCUACAACAACCAAUUGUUUCAGCUUUGGGUUUGGAAAAUAUCUUAGCUAACUCAUCUCAUGAAGUAUCUCAUUUUCUUUUUCUUUUUCUGUGAACCUAAAAAUUAAGAUUUAAUUCAAACCAUUCAGUGCGAUUCACCAUGUGAAUUUUUGGUGCCCUGGCUGCCUUGUUAGUUCCAGGGUCGAUGUCAUCAGAGCUUAUAAAAGUCGUCUAUCUUGUACAGUCUUCUCACAUGGAUGUAUGCACCAACAUUAGACACGUACGUUAUAGCCUUAUAGGUGAUGAAAUUUAAAUGGGGUGGAGCUUUCUUGAAAUCUCACCAACAGCAACACCCGACUACUGGUCAUGUUUUUCCAUUACUUGCUUCUCUUCCUUGCUCUCCCAUAUUGCAGUUCAGCCGACACCAUAACUCCCAAUCAACCCAUAAGAGACGGUGACGUUUUAGUCUCCCCUGCAGCAAGCUUCGCUCUUGGGUUCUUCAGCCCCGGCAAUUCUACCCUCCGCUACGUUGGGCUCUGGUUCAACAACGUUUCAGAAAAAACCGUUGUAUGGGUCCUUAACAGAGACCUUCCAAUCAACGACACCUCCGGUGUCCUCUCAGUUAGCAGCACAGGAAACCUCGUCCUCUACCACAGACACACUCCUAUCUGGUCCACAAACGUUUCAAUCUUGUCAGUGAACGCCACGGUUGCCCAGCUCUUAGACACAGGUAACCUAGUUUUGUUCGAGAGAGAGAGCAGAAGGGUUCUGUGGCAAGGAUUCGAUUAUCCCACCGACACUAUGCUUCCCAACAUGAAACUGGGAGUAGACCGGAGAACCGGUCUGAACCGCUUCCUGUCAUCUUGGAAGUCGCCGGAAGACCCAGGAACCGGGGAUUACUCCUUUAAGAUUGAUGUCAAUGGCUCCCCUCAAUUCUUCCUGUGCAAGGGUACAGACCGUUUGUGGCGAACCGGUCCCUGGAACGGCCUCAGGUGGAGCGGGGUACCGGAGAUGAUAAACACCUUCAUAUUCCACAUCAAUUUCUUAAACACUCCCGAUGAGGCCUCCGUGAUAUACACUCUGCAUAACAGCUCGUUUUUCUCGAGACUCAUGGUGGACGGCAGCGGACACGUCCAACGCAAGACGUGGCACGAAUCCGGCCACCAGUGGAUGGGGUUCUGGUCGGCACCCAAGGACGACUGCGACAAUUACGGCCGGUGCGGGCCGUAUGGCAGCUGCAACGCCAACAGCGCCCCCAACUUCGAGUGCACGUGCCUCCCGGGGUUCCAACCCAAGUCGCCAAGUGACUGGUACCUGAGAGACGGGUCGGCGGGGUGCGUGAGGAAGGCAGGAGCGAAGUUGUGUGGGAGUGGAGAAGGGUUCGUGAAGGUGAGAAGUGUGAAAAUUCCGGACACAUCUGAGGCACGUGUGGAGAUGAGCAUGGGGAUGGAAGCGUGUAGGGAGGAGUGCUUGAGAAACUGUAAUUGCAGUGGGUACACAAGUGCGAACGUGAGUGGAGGAGAGAGCGGAUGCGUGAGUUGGCACGGAGUCUUGAUGGACACGAGAGACUAUACAGAAGGGGGCCAAGAUUUAUUUGUGCGAGUUGAUGCAGCUGUUUUAGCCGAAAAUACAGAGAGGCCGAAAGGCAUUCUUCAAAAGAAGUGGCUGUUGGCAAUUCUGGUAAUAGUGGGUGCUGUCUUAUUGUUUUUCAUUGUCUCCUUGGCCUGCCGGUUCAUAAGAAAGAAGAGAAAAGACAAAGCAAGACAGCGUGGAUUGGAGAUAAGUUUUAUUUCUAGUUCUUCGUUGUUCCAAGGCUCUCCAGCAGCAAAGAAGCAUGAUGAAAGUAGAAGAAACUCAGAAUUGCAAUUCUUUGAUUUGGGCACCAUAGCUGCUGCCACAAGAAAUUUUUCGUUUGCUAACAAACUCGGACAAGGUGGUUUCGGCCCGGUUUAUAAGGGUCAACUACCUAGUGGGCAAGAAAUAGCUGUAAAAAGAUUAUCAAGUACUUCAAGGCAGGGAACAGAAGAGUUUAAGAAUGAAGUUUCCUUAAUUGCAAAGCUACAGCAUAGGAAUCUUGUGAGGCUUUUAGGUUGUUGCAUUGAAGGAGGUGAAAAGAUGUUAAUCUAUGAGUAUUUGCCAAAUAAAAGCUUGGACUUCUGUAUUUUUGACGAAACAAAAAGAUCAUUGUUAGAUUGGAAAAAGCGAUUUGAAAUUAUUCUUGGGAUUGCUCGUGGGAUCUUAUACCUUCAUCAAGACUCAAGAUUAAGAAUCAUUCAUAGAGAUCUAAAAGCAAGCAAUGUUCUACUAGAUGCUGAAAUGAACGCAAAAAUUUCAGAUUUUGGCAUGGCUAGAAUAUUUGGAGGAGACCAAAUUGAAGGAAACACAAGUCGGGUGGUUGGGACAUAUGGGUAUAUGUCACCUGAGUAUGCAAUGGAAGGACAAUUUUCCAUAAAAUCUGAUGUCUACAGCUUCGGGAUUUUGCUGUUAGAGAUCAUUACUGGGAGGAAAAACAGCACCUAUUAUGAGGAUAAUUCUUCACAAAAUUUGGUUGGACAUGUUUGGAAGCUGUGGAGAGAAGACAGAGCAUUGGAUGUAAUUGAUCCAUCAAUGGAGAAGACAUAUCCUGCAGAUGAGGUAUUGAGAUGCAUCCAAAUUGGGCUCUUAUGUGUGCAAGAAUGUGCAACUGAUCGACCUACCAUGCUAACGAUCAUUUUCAUGUUGGGUAACAACUCCACUCUUCCUUCUCCUCAGCAACCUGCCUUUGUUAUAAAAACAACAUCUAGUCAGGGAGUUAGCUCUGUAAAUGAGGUGACAGUAUCUAUGGUUGAAGCACGCUAACUGCUUGGCUUUGCCUAUAUAAACGUUUGUGAUGUCAAUGGCUGUGUGCAGACAAUAUCAUUAGAUUUCUCAGUUUUCUUAAUUAGUGAGUUCUUUGGCACCGUAAUGGGUGGCCAUAACCAUGGUUCUUAAAAUCGGGUCAGACUGACUUCAAUCUACCUAUCAGACCAUUCUAGGCAUUGAGCCGGAGGUGAACCCCCUUUUUCCUCGACCACAUGAACCCAGGCAGUGAGGAUGCAAAACACAUACCAUUAGUCUGGAUGCUAUUUUGUGACCAUGUUGUGAUGUUCUACUAUUUUGGUUGAAUACCUGUAUGUUAUUAUUUUUAAUAACUAAGGCCUCUUUUCUUCUUA